CCGCGUCACUGCUGACGAGGACCCACCCCGAUCUGACGGCUGGGAUUGCCCGGUGGCCGGUCAAGGGCAGUCAAAGAGGGCUGCGCCCGGUCACCCCGCGGCGGGCGCCGUGAAUCUACACACCAAGACACAAACGCAAGAGUAGGAGCAGGAGGAGAGAAAAAUAAUAGCAGCAGCAGCAGCAAGAUUGGUGCAGAAGAUUAUAGCUUCAGAGCAUGUAGUAGCUCCGAUGAAUGGAGGAAGCUGAUGAAAACAAUAAAGAAAAAAGGAGAAGAAAUCUUGUGCAGGCCCCGGGGGGGGGGGGGGGGGGGCUGCGGCGCCGAGCCGGUUCAAGCUAAAAAUAAUUGAAGAGCUUUAUUAGUAAUUGCCAGUUAUGUGCCUUGCCAUUAUGCGAGAUUCUUCAAGGUGAUGACAGAUGCCAACUCAUCAUUCUCUGGAGGUGCCCAGUUGCAGCCAACUACUAUCAUGAAUACUGAUUCAUUCAUGCGUGUUCCUGCCUCCCCAAUAUCAUUUUCAUCAAAUAACAUCUCUGGCUCUUCAGUCAUUGAUGGUUCCAUCAUGCAGCAAAGUCCACCCCAAGAGCAGGUGCAAAAGCAGAUGUCUUCUAGUAUUACAUCACGACCUGUGAUUGAGGCUGGUAGUGCAUUGCAUGCUCAGAAGAAAUCAAGGAUUGAUGUUAGGCAAGAUGAUAUACUGCAACAUCAGCUCAUUCAGCAGCUGCUCCAUGGUCAGAGUUCUCUUCAUCUUCAGGGGCAACAGAACCCACAGCUUCAAGGUUUGAUCCAGCAGGAUAAACUGGCACAGAUUCAGCAACAACAGCAGCAGCAGUUGUUGCAACCAUUCGCUCAGAUACAACAAUCUCAAAUUGGCAUCCCUCGUCAGCCUCAGCUCAGGCCACCACUAGCACAACCCAGAAUGCAGCUAGCUGGACCUAUUAGGUCUCCUGUCGAGAGUGGGCUUUGUUCUCGCAGGCUAAUGCAGUAUUUGUAUCACAAGCGUCAUCGUCCAGAGAAUAAUCCCAUAACAUACUGGAAGAAGCUUGUUGAGGAAUAUUUUGCACCACGGGCCAGAGAAAGAUGGUGUGUGUCUUCUUAUGAAAAAAGAGGGAAUUCUUCAGUUUCUACUCCACAAACAGCUCUGGAUACAUGGCGUUGUGACAUUUGCAGUACUCAUGGGGGGAAAGGAUACGAGGCUACCUAUGAAGUGCUUCCUAGACUCUGUCAAAUUAGAUUUGACCACGGUGUUAUAGAUGAAUACCUAUUCCUCGACAUGCCCAAUGAAUUCUGGUUACCUAGUGGACUAAUGCUGCUGGAGCAUACGAAAGUUGUUCAAAAGAGUGUUUACGAACAUCUACAUGUUACACACGAGGGACACUUGAGAAUCAUAUUCACACCAGAGUUAAAGAUCAUGUCCUGGGAGUUCUGUUCACGAAGACAUGAUGAGUAUAUCACUCGCAGGAUUCUAGCACCACAGGUGAAUAAUCUUCUGCAAGUUGCUCAUAAAUACCAAGCUGUUACCACUGAAAGUGGUCCUGCUGGGGUGUCAAACAAUGAUGCACAAACCAUUUGCAACAUGUUUGUGACUGCAUCGCGGCAACUAGCAAAAAAUCUGGAGCACCACACCUUAAAUGAACAUGGACUUUCUAAACGUUAUGUUCGCUGCCUGCAGAUAUCGGAGGUGGUGAAUCACAUGAAGGACUUGAUUGAGUUCACCAACAAGAAUAAUCUUGGUCCUAUAGAGGGCCUGAACAAGUAUGGCAAACCAACUGUACCAAAGCUUCCUGUACAGAAUCCGCAUGAUGCAAAACAACUCAUGGCUGCUGCUGUUCUUCCCAAUGACCAGAGCACCACCAAAGUCAUGGGGGUCAAACAAGAAAUAAGUGCCCAUGUGGACAACGGAACUCCUGGUGUUGGAGUAGUUGGUAAUAAUACUCCACAGAAUGCUGCAGCUCUAAACAAUUACCAGAAUAUGCUCAGAAGCUCCAGUGCAAAUCAGAGUCUACUUCGGCAGGAAGCGUCCAGUGCCUUCAAAGGUCCUGCAGCAAUGCACAAUGGCAUACAGUUGGAAGCAUCUAGAUCCUUCCAUGGACCUAGCCAAGUGCAACUUGCGCAGUUCCAACGUACUGUGUCAUUUCAGCAUCCAAUGCCCCAGCAGAACUAUCACCAGGGCUUGAGUGUGAGCCCACAAUACCAGCAGCAUGUGAUUCACCAGCUGCUGCAAGAAGUUAAGAACACUAACAGCCGAGCUUUGGUGCGGCAACCACCUCGAGAUACCCCCAAUGUAAACAGUGGUCUCGCAUCAGGUGCUGCUAACACCAACAGUGCUGCUUCUGGAGAGCAGGCACGGCGAGUCAACAACGGCAUGGUAAAGGGUGCAGCUGCAGUCGGAACCGGGCCUAGCAAUGUUAUCAACAGUACAGCCAGCAUCGUCCCCAGCAGAAGCAACAGUUUCAAGUCGGUUAGCAGCAUUCCAGCCGCUGCUACUGGAGGCAAUGCCGCAACCUCUAAAGCCGAGUCCUUCCACGAAAUGGAUGAGCUCGACCCUCUCAUUACUAACGAACUGGUGGAAAGCGGGCUGUUCAUGGGGGACCAGGACGGUACCGGAUUCUCGUGGAACAUGUGAAAGACAGUGUAGAAACGUAACACUGCUCUGUGAGUUAACUGUAAGUGUGAAGCAACAGCCUGCUUGGCUGCUACUGUGGAAACUGGAGAGUGGCGAUGGAAAGUUGCCCUAGAUUCUAGUUUCUCUUUAUUUUCCUUCUCCUUUCUGGAGGUUUUUUUUUUGUAGUAUUGCCAUUUCGGACAGUUUCUAAUGAUCAUGCACUGAUGUAACUUCAGAUGUGUGAGAUAGUGAGUUGGAUUUUGCUUGCAAAUUGGAGAGAAGUGCGUCACAGAGUUAUCAGAAUGUCUUGCUGUGAUUGUCA